AUGAGCCCAGCACAAUUUCAUGAUCACCACCGCCAUGCAAAGAAAGAGAGCACGUCCAAUAUCGGUAAUGGUGGCCUGUGCCCUCCGCCCUUGAAAGUCAGCAAAGACUCUCACUUGAUCAAAAAAUCAUCGUCCUCAUCAUCAUCAUCGUCUGCAGCCUCCUCCCUGGGAGUCACCGGUUCUGCUAAGCCGCAACAGCAACGCCACCCUGUCAUCAUCUACACGCACUCUCCCAAAGUCAUCCACACCCACCCCAAGGAUUUCAUGGCGUUGGUGCAAAAACUUACAGGACUUUCACGUAAUGAAAAUGAUCAUCAUAAUCAUCACCACGCGCCUCAUCAACCCAAGACGGAGAACGGUACCGCCUCGACCGAGGAAGACAGCAAGAGGAUCAACAAUGAUGAUAAUGAAUCAUCAUCGGUUAUAACAGAUGAAAACUGUGAAGGACAAGUGAAUUCUUGUUUUGUGCCACCUCUGUUUGACCCACCACCAGCUCCAUUUUUGACAAAUAUUCCAGUUUUUACCCCAAAUUCGGCUGAUUUUCUAUGCGUGAAUCAUCAUCAGCCUUUUUAUAAUUACACUGAUUCUUUGUUUUUCACACCAAAUAUGAGGAGCUCUAUUUCAUCAUCUUCAGGGUUAGAGGGGAUUAAUGAGUUUCGUGAUUAUUAA